UCGUUGUUGAGAGGUCGUUUAUUGACAAGGGGAGAAGGUGACUCCUCGACGAACAGGGCAGUUCUUCACGAAAAUCUCAACAAAUAACCAAAAAUAAGACUGGUGUUUUGCUAAAUUAGCAACCAUGUCUUCUUUUGGGCGGGCGUUGGGAGUCCUUCGGACCGGAAGUCAGCUCCUCAGGCGCGGUACGCAAAGAAUAACGACCAGAAAGGCUAGCGGUGGACCGCAUAUCGAGCCCCAGUACAGGCAAUAUCCUCAGAUAACGAAGAAACAGAAGUUCGAGUCCGAGCUCCUGAGCGGUGCCAUGUGGUUCUGGAUCCUUUGGCACUGCUGGCACGACCCUGAUGCAGUCCUGGGUCACUUCCCCUGGCCUGACUCCUCUGCAUGGACAGACGAGGAGCUUGGAAUCCCAGCAGAUGACGAGGAAUGAGAUCACGAGGGAUUCAAGCUGCUGGAUAAGUCUUUGUGGGAAUCUUCAGGAUAUUCUGAAAGUCAGUGUUGUACAUAGACUAAUAAAACUAUCUUUAAAUAUGUCAAA